UUCAUUUUGAAACAUAGUCUAUAGAAUCUGACUACAGCGAUCUGACUCCUGCCUAGGAGCUUAGAAAAGAUGGUGCAUUUUGACCCUUUUAUCACUGGUUUCUUUUGAAAAAUGAAGAUAAGUAAUUUAUCUUGUAUUGUUUCCAAUAGUAUUUGGAUCAAGGCCCAUUACCUGUAGCCUGGUGUAACCAGACACAAAUUAACUUUGUGUAAUCCCAGUGAAAACUAAACUGUAAAUAACUAUUAACCAAAUAUUUACUGUGCCCCUACCCAUCUUAAUCCCAGUAGGCUGUUUCAAGUCCACAGCAAAGAUCGCAGUGGCAGAAAUCAGAUAAAGAGUAAUCUGGCUGUUACAACUGACUUUUGUUUAUAACAGACAUUGAGACUGACAUUUUGAAUGUAGCAUGCUGUUAUUCAAACGGUUUUGAAAACACCUGUGCUUAUCUUAUCUCAGAGGUGUGGCCAAAUGAUCCAGUCCUUAGUUGGACUUUCAUCUUGACAGCCAGGAGCACUCUCAACAAUCAUGUCUGACAGAUUUCCGAAGAUGAGGACCAUUUUCUGCAUUAUUUUCAGUCUGUUUUACGGUACAUCCUCAAAAACCAUCAAUGUUGCCACUAACGGAAUAGUAACCAUACAGCCCCUGGUUGAAGGAGAGAUAGAAGACAUUCUGUGGAAGCACAAUGGCAACAAGAUGGUGGAGUGGGACAAUAAGGCUCUAAUCGUCAGUGAAUAUUUACAAUUCAAGGGGCGAAUUAAGUUGGACGUAAAAACUGGGGAUGUGACUAUUCUAAAUAUGACCAAAGAUGACAUUGGAUUCUAUGACGCAGACCUUAUCGUUCAGGGAAAGUUAAUCAACUUAAAGCACAGAGUUGAAGUAACUGACCCUGUCACUAAAGCAAAGGUCACCUGCCUAAGCAAUGCAACACUUCACUGUGAGGCAGAGGGUGACUCUCUGGACUACAGCUGGUCUGGGCCUGGACUGCAGACUGCAGAGAUGAGGGGUCAGACUGGACCACAGAUCAGUAAGGAGAACCAGGACUCAGUCUACACCUGUGUGGUGAACAACACAGUUAGUGACAGCAGUGUGACCUACCAUGCUAGUGACUGCUUUACCUCAGGUGCAUCCAAUGCUCUAAUCGACAGUGAAUAUUUCAAAUUCAAGGGGCGAAUUAAGUUGGACGUAAAAACUGGGGAUGUGACCAUUUUAAAUAUGACCAAAGAUGACAUUGGAUUCUAUGACGCAGAUGUUAUCAUUAGAGGAAAGUUAAUCAACCUAAAGCAUAGAGUUGAAGUAACUGGGAACACGCAAAGGAUCCAAAAGGCAAAACAGAAUUCCAAAAAGGGGAAAAAACACAGAAGAUCAAAAAUCAGAAUAUCCAAAGGGGCAAAACACAGAAGAUCAAAAAUCAGAAUACCCAGAACGAUACCAGACCCUGUCACUAAAGCAAAGGUCACCUGCCUAAGCAAUGCAACACUUCACUGUGAGGCAGAGGGUGACUUUCUGGAUUACAGCUGGUCUGGGCCUGGACUGCAGACUGCAGAGAUGAGGGGUCAGAUAGGACCACAGAUCAGUAAGGAGAACCAGGACGCAGUCUACACCUGUGUGGUGAACAACCCAGUUAGUGACAGCAGUGUGACCUACCAUGCCAGUGACUGCUUUACCUCAGGAGAUAAUCAGCUCAUCCUAGGUGUAGUGUGUGCUGUUAUUGGAGUCAUUGGUGCUGUUGGGUUGGGAUACUACUGCUACAAGAAGAAAUCAAAAGGGCAGAAACACACUGGAAAAGAGAACAAAUAUGAGACAACUGGAAAGAUUAUAACCAACCAAAAGAUGGAGGAGACUGUACUACUGCUCCCUGAAAAACAUCAAGCUUCAUCUUUUGCAGUAUCACAAAAGGCCUCUGAUCAAUCCUUAAACUCAGUUGAAGGAGAACCUAGAGUUGAUGUUCAAGGCAGGGUAAAACAAUUAGAAGAAAUGGCUGCAAUGAGCCCAACAACAUGUUAUGUUCCCAUGAGUGUCCCGCGCCCCUUGAAGGAAUCAGACUCUGCCUCAAAGUCUGAUGAGAGUGCUGAUCCUGAUCAUCAUGCAAAGCCCUCCUCUGGAUCACCCAGACUGUCUGCUGCUUCUGCCGCUGCUCCCACGGCCCCUCCUGCCACAGCUCCUCCUGCCGCUGCCUCUGCCUCCGCUGAGUCCACAGCAGCCGCUGCCUCUGAUGAGCCCACAGGAGUCGCUGCCUCUGUCCCGGCUGCUCCUGCUGUUCCGGCCACCGUAGCCUCUGCCGCUGCCACCAUCCCCCCUGCAGCCGCCGCUGCAGCUCCUUCUCCUGCGAAAACUGCAGCCGAGGAAACCUCUCCUCCUGACGCUACUCCCGCGGCCAUUGCUACAGCUCCCCCGGCUCCUCCUGCUGCUACUACUACUACAGUUUCCGUGACUCCUCCCGCCGCUACUACAACCCCCACAGCUGCCACUGCUACAAUCCCUGCAGUUGCUGCCGCAGCUACCGCAGCUACCGCAGCUACCGCAGCUACCGCAGCUACCGCAGCUACCGCUACUACAACUCUCGCAGCUGCCGCUGCUAAUACUCCCUCUGCUCCAAAGCCUGAUGAGAGUGCUGAUCCUGAUCAUCAUGCAGAUCUCUCCUCUGGAUCACCCAGACAGUCUGCUCCUUCUGUCGCUGCCCUCAUGGAUCCUCCUGCGUCUGCCUCUGGCUCCGCUGAGCCCGCAGCAGCCGCUGCCUCCGCUGAGCCCGCAGCAGUCGCUGCCUCUGUCCCGGACGCCACGGCUGCUCCUGCUGUUCCGGCCACUGUAGCCUCUCCCGCUACCACCAUCCCCCCCGCCGCCGCUGCAGCUCCUUCUCCUGCGAAGACUGCAGCCGAGGAAACCUAUCCUCCUGCUACUACUACAGCCCCCACAGCUCCUCCCACCGCUACUACAGCCCCCACAGCUCCUCCCACCGCUACUACAGCCCCCAUGGCUCCUCCCACCGCUACUACAACCCCCGCAGCUGCCGCUGCUCCAAUUCUAGCAGUUGCUGCCGCAGCCGCCGCUGCUACUACCCCCGAAGCUGCCACUGCUACAAUCCCUGCAGUUGCUGCCGCAGCUGCCGCAGCUACCGCUACUACAACUCUCAUAGCUUCCGCUGCUACUACUCCCUCUGCUCCAAAGCCUGAUGCGAGUGCUGAUCCUGAUCAUCAUGCAAAUCCCUCCUCUGGAUCACCCAGAGAUGCUGAUCAUACAUUUAGUGAUGACAGUAAGUCCCCUCUUUUCCACAUGAGGAACGUGGAGGGCACGUGUGAGAAUGAAAGAGACACAAACACAGGGACAGUGAAACAAAACCAGAGAACCAUCAACAAAUCCCCCUCUGGAUCAGCAGGAAAUGUCAGCACUGAUGCCACAGAUACACAAUCAUGUGAAAGGCAGGAUGAGAGUGUAAAUGUAGAAGACAAUUCAAGUGGAAAACCAAUUAUAACAGGCAGUAAAGCUACUCACACAGCAGCAACAAAUACCUGUGACAGGCCCUCAGAUGGAGUUACAGAUUCCUCCUCUGGAUCUCCCAGACAGUCCAGAUACACUGAUGCUUUUAUUGAUGCCAGUAAGUUUAUAGCUUACAUGAAUAUGAAGUGGACAUGUGGAAAUGAGAAAGGAACAAACACAGUAGAAGAGGAACAGAACCAAAUCGCCGACCCGUCACUCUCUGGAUCAAGAGGAAGCAUCAGGAAUGAUGACAUCAUCAACACAUUACCACAUGGAGGGCAGGAAGAGGGAAUGCAGGUUGACGAUAGUUCAAGUGUUAUCCAGACUUCAACAGAUAAUCAAGAUACAACAUUUCCUGAAGAACCAAACACAUAUGCUAAUUAUUUCAACACUACUGGUGACAAACCUACAAGUGAGGUUAAAGCUAUAAUAGCAAUGACUGAAGGUGAAAGUAAUUCAGCAUCUGUGAAGUGCUCCAUCACUGAUACUGAUCCCACUGAUAAAGCCAGCCCCCAGCUCAGCCAAAUGAUGAGCAGAGUCUAG